AUGAGUAAUGAUACUAGUUAUGACCCAAACACUGAUCCAAAUGCCCCUUACGUAGAUUACGGUGUGAAUCCAGAGUUUACACAGGACAUUGAACAUUUUCGAUUAGAAGCAACUUACGACAAAUUAAAUUUUUAUCUAAGCAUUAUAAGUAUUUCAUGUGGUUUCUUGGUAUUAUUUAUCAUGACCAUUAUGUGGCUUUAUGAUAGAAAGUUGGUCGAUCGUGUAUCAUUGAGGUUGACUGCAAUGAUUUCCUUUGUGGAUAUGUUAAAUGGUGGAACUGUGUUGGCGUACACGCUAUGGAUUCCUGUAGAUGGUACAUUAUGCACUGCUAUUGGAUUUGGAAUGAGUUUUUUCCCUCAGUUAUAUUUAUUUCUAACUGUUAUGAUUGCAUUCAAUCUACAGGUUGUUUUUCUUCACAGAAGAAAAGUUUCAAGAUUUUCAGAUAGAUGGUAUGUUCCGGUAGCGUUUCUAACAGCAUUAAUUAUAAACAUACCACCGCUAGUCUAUAAUAGAUUUGGCUUUGACAUUGAUGUCAUUGAUUGUUUAUACAGAGAAGGUUAUUCCGAGGCAACAAGAUGGUGGUCAAUUUUAACAUUUUUCAUUCCAAUAACAAUAUCAAUGAUUUAUUGUACAACGGUUUUGAUGAUUGUGGUGUGUAAAUUGAUCUUUGAACAUCGUCAAUUGGCAGAAGUCAUACAAUCUUCAAAAAGCAAUAAAACCUUAUCAGUAAAAGCCAGACACAAAAAAUUAUUAUUGUUAAAAUUGGUUAGUCGUAUUUCUCUUUAUGCGUUAAUACCUUUGCUCAAUGUAAGCGGUAUCUUGGUGGAACUUAUUUAUACUUCAGUGCACAAAAAAAAUCGAACCGAGCCUCAGGCUAUAAUUUUUUGGUCAAUUAUUGGAACAUGUUCUCCUGGAAUUUUUAAUUUUUUUGCAUUCGUAUUCGAUCCAGCUUUACAUAAUGGUUUUAGAAGGUAUAAAAGAGUUUUGGUGGAUAGUUAUGGCUUUGUGAAGCCGUUCGACGACGAUAAUAGCAAAGCAACUGUCUCUUUAAAUAGUCCACCAUUGUCACCAUCAGAAUUUAGUAAUCCUAAUUCCAUUCCUGAUACUAAACCAAUUUUCAUUGAUGGGUUGACUAACGAAAAAAUCACUUUUGGUGAAUUUAAAAGUUAUACUCGAAAGGUUGCCAGUGGAAUUGUUACAUUAGCUAAUUCUGGUUAUAAAGCUCAUGAAUUAACACAUCAACUAUCCGACUCCAGAGCAUCAGUCAUCAUUGCACAUCCAUUACUAUUACCUACUGUAUUGGAAGCUGCAAAAAAUGUAAAAAUACCAACUUCCAGGAUCUUUGUAUUUGAUGAAAAGGAAGACCUUGAAAAUGGCAUUAAACCAUUCACCAGUCUAUACAAGGAUGAUGAUGAUUCAGCAAUUAUUCAUUAUACAACCGAAGAAAAAGUCAAAUCAACUACUGCCUAUUUGUGUUAUAGUUCUGGUACAACUGGCAGACAAAAAGGUGUUGAGACCACACAUUAUAAUAUGAUUGCUAAUCUUGAACAAGUAUAUCAUUUCGAGAAAUUCACUCCUGAUCUUGUCUUCUUGGGAAUAUUGCCACUUUUUCAUAUAUAUGCAUUGAACAUUACUCUGCAUCAAGUAGCUUAUAGUGGAGCGUCAGCAAUACUUUUAUCAAAAUUUGAUAUAAAUUCAUUUUGUCAAACAAUACAAGAUUAUAAAAUAAAUCUUGGAUAUAUAGUUCCGCCGAUUUUGCUUCAACUGGUUAAAAACCCAGUUGUUGACAAAUAUGAUUUAUCAAGUUUAAAAUUUAUUGUAAGCGGUGCUGCUCCAUUGAGCAAAGAGUUGAGUAAGAUGUUCAACGACAAAUUCAAGAAAAUACCUCUUAAGCAAGGUUAUGGACUUACUGAAACUACACCAGUGCUUACAUUGGGUAAAACUGAUGAUGUUGUAAUUGGGUCAUCUGGAAUUAUUAUAGCAAAUGUUGAGAUAAAAUUUAUUGAUGAAAAUGGAAAAGAACUUGGAGUUAAUGAAGAAGGUGAAAUAUGUGCUCGUGGUCCAAACAUCAUGAAGGGUUAUCUUAAUAAUGAAAAAGCCACUAAAGAAUGUAUGGAUAAAGAUGGAUUUUUUCAUACUGGAGAUCUUGGGAAUGUUUUCUUGGUUGAUCGUGUAAAAGAACUUAUCAAGUAUAAGGGCCAUCAAGUUGCACCUGCAGAACUUGAAUCAGUUCUACUUUCCAACCCUAUAAUUUCCGAUGCAGGUGUAGUUGGCAUAUAUUCAGAACAAGACGCUACAGAAUUACCAGUUGCUUAUGUCGAACUAGUAAAUCCAGCCGCCAAUUUGAGAGAACGACUUAAAAGUGAAUGGGUUCGUCCUGAUAAUCUUUAA